AUGGGGGGGCGGCCGAGGUCGGAGGCGGCCCGAACAGACGAAGCGCCGACGGGGACCGGUGGAGUGACACCCCCGCAGGUGGACUCCGCACCCCAAGCUAACACCCGCGCCUCCCCAACCCCCCCAGCACUCCCCCCCGCAAACACCCGCCCGAAAAAGGCUCCCUCAGUGCCGAGGGCCCGUCUCCGCGGCCGGUCCCCGCCCCGAGCGGCCUCGGAGCCGCCGUGGACUAGCUCGCGACUCGACACUUGCCGCGCCCCCGCCCCCCGCUUCCGGGCCGCCGACUCGGGCGCACCCCCGCCCGUCCUAAGCCGUGAGCCGAGAAGACGCGGCGGCCGCCCGCGCGGGUCCUUCACCUUUCUCCCUCUGUCUCCCGCAGCCGAGGCCCGCGGAGCGCUUACCCCGCCUCCCGCCUCCCUGAGUCACCCGCGACGGCGGCAAGAGAACCCAGCCGCCCAGCCGACUCUAGAUCUGACUUGGUUCAAGAGCUCUCUCUCACAAGACACGCACAGCCUCCCGGGCCCGCCCCCUCGGAGCCGCUGCCACCGGUGA